UCACCAGCAAUCAGCACGUGACUGCACACGCUUCUUGGCCGGCAGUACAUUUGAGAGCGACUCUGCCGCCCCUCUCGCUCUCUCGCCCCUCCCACCCCCCCAACUCGCCUCCACCGGCUGCGUCCCGGCUCCGGUUGCCAAAGCAGAGGGAGAACACAAGAAGAGGUGUACCGUUACGCCGCCACAGAGCUCACGUAUUUUUUUCCACGCAAAGCCAACGACCGCCCGUUCAUCGGCGCGGCGGGAAGGCGGCACCGCUCUCGUCUUUUUCCUCGAGGAGUCGCGAAGCCCCCCCGUCCUCGUCGCGCAGGCGCGUCUGGAUGAGUUACGCGGAUGUCAUUCGCCGGACCCUUUUUUUCCCGGAUGUGGCGGCGACCGAGCGCGGAAAAGUGGACGUUCGGCCCGUGGCCGCGACGCCGAGGAUAACGCGAGGAAGGUGGUGAAGAUGCUCUCCGCGGGGUCGCCGUCACGCGCCGGGGUCAAACGGCCCGGGGUCAAACGGCCCGGGACCAUGCCAAUCCCAGGCGCUUAUCAGCCGCUCUGGCUGCUGCUGCUGCUGCUAUCAACUUGUCGGGCCCAAGACGCCAACGACUGGCAAUACGAGGAAUGUAAACUUUCCCGACCGGGUCCUCCCGCUACCAUCGUGGCCAUAGACGAGGAGAGUCCCAACGGAACGUUGUUGGUGGAGAACAUGCAAAUCAACGGCGUGGCGGAGGGUCCGGAGCGGACCAUCUCCCUGUCUCUGAGGGACAACCGCGACCGCUGGGUGAUUCUGGACUCUUCCAAACAAGCCCUUUACCUCAACAGCACCGGCCGCGUUCUGGACAGAGACCCUCCCUGGCACAUUCAGUCCAUUGUGGUUCAGGUGCAGUGUACCAACGAGCUGGUCGGCACGGUCAUCCUGCACGAGGUGCGAAUCGUGGUGCGCGAUCGCAACGACAACGCGCCGCGUUUUCAGCGGCACGGAUACUACGUGGCCGUGAGCGAGUUGACUCCGGUGGGCACCACCAUCUUCUCCGGCUUUUCGGGCAACGACGGAGCCACCGACAUCGACGACGGUCCUAACGGGCAGAUAGAAUACACCGUUCAGUACAACCCCGCAGACCCGACGGCCAACGGAAGCUUCGACAUCCCGCUGACGUUGUUCGGCGCCGUGGUGCUCAGAGAACGCCUCAACUACGAGGACAAAACGCGCUACCUGCUCGUCAUACGCGCCAAUGACCGGGCGCCCGACCCUGGCGAGCGGCGCACGGCCAGCGCCACGCUGACCGUGGACGUCCUGGACGGCGACGACCUGGGGCCCGUCUUCCUGCCCUGCGCGGCGGUGGGCCGCAGCCGCGACUGCAGCCCCGUCACCUACAAGUCCAACGUGCCGGAGCUGAGCGAGCCGAAUAAGGUGAACCCCCUCAAUGUGACUCCGCCCAUUCUGGCCGUGGAUCAAGACCGCAACAUCCAACCUCCGUCGGACAGGCCGGGAAUUCUCUACUCCAUCCUCAUUGGCAAACCAGAAUUCUACGCCGAAUAUUUCACCUUGAACAGAAGCACCGCCGAGCUGUUGCUGCGGAAGCCCGUCGACAGACAACUGUGCCGCAAAUUCGAUCUGAUUGUGAAGGCCGAGCAGGACAACGGGCACCCGUUACCGGCUUUCGCUAGCCUCCAGAUCGAGGUGCUGGACGAGAACGACCAGGCGCCGUACUUCCUGGAGAGCAGUUACCGCGGCUACGUGGCGGAGGGCUCGCCGGCGGGAACCAGCGUGGCCGUCGACGCCGGCCUAUCGGAGCCUUUGGCAGUCGUGGCGCUGGACAACGACGUGGAGGAGACGCGGGACCCUCAGCUGCAGCUGUCUUUGGACAGCUACGCGGACGUGUUUGCCGUGACGCCCGUGGGAAUCGCAAGAUACUUGACUCUGGCGCGGCCGUUGGAUCGAGAGGCGCGGGACACGUACGCCUUCACGCUGCGAGCAUCAGACGGCGUCCAGCGGAGCGCUCCGGUGGCCGUGACCGUCACCGUGCUGGACGCAAACGACAACACGCCGACGUUCGCCAACGUGUCCUACCACGUCCAGCUGUACACUGACGCGGCGCCCGGAGAAACGGUGCUGCAGCUGUCGGCGGUGGAUGAGGACGAGGGUCCCAACGGCCGGGUCGCCUAUCGGAUCGUGGCGGGGGAUCGGGGACAGUUUCUGCUCGGCAACAGCAGCGGCAUCCUGACCGUAGCGGCGGGCGCGGACCUAUCUGUGGGUCGGAGCUACGCCUUGACCGUGGAAGCUUCGGACAACGGGGCGCGACCUCACAGAAGGUCGUCUAUUACAACGGUCUACAUUGAAGUGUUGCCGCCCAACAACCAGAGUCCUCCGCGCUUUCCCCGCCAGCGCUACAGCCUGGAGAUUAGCGAAGCAAUGAGGACGGGGGCCUCGCUGCUUAACCUGCAGGCCACCGAUCGAGAGGGGGACGCCAUCGUCUACAGGAUCGACGGUGGGGAUCAGCGUGAGCAGUUUUUACUGGAGAGCGGCUCGGGGUAUUUGGUCCUGGCCAAACCUCUCGACAGGGAGACACUGGACCACUACACCCUGGUGGUCACGGCCUCGGACGAGAUGCCCGACGGGACCUCCAGUGCGACGGUGAACAUUGUGGUGACUGACGUCAACGACAACGACCCGCUGUUCGAUCCCUCAAUGCCGGUGAAUCUGACUGUGAGCGAAAAGCAGGAUCGGGCAUUCGUCGGACAGGUCAAGGCCAGCGAUCCUGAUCUGGGGGCGAACGGGCAGGUCCGCUACCGACUGGUCAACCAUCAAAGGCUUUUCUCCAUCGACGCCGCGGGAGCCAUCAGAAGCGCGCUGCCGCUGGACAGAGAGGCGAAGGCUCACUACUUUCUGACGGUGGAGGCUUGCGACGGCGCCGCCGACCCGCGGCGCUCCAGGCUGACGCUGUCGGUCACGGUUCUCGACGUGGACGACAACAGCCCCGUGUUCAGCCAGCGGGCGUACCGGGCGGAGCUGCCGGAGAACAGUCCAGAGGGCACCGUCAUUCUCAGGCUGCGGGCCACCGACGCCGAUCUGGGCUCCAACCUCACCUAUCGCAUCCGAAGCGCCGGCGCCGGCGAGGAGAUCCUGGGGCUCUUUGGCGUGGACCCCGUGACGGGGGACUUGUCCGUGCGCAAGGUGCUGGACUUUGAGGCCUUGACGCCGUCCAAUUCUUCUCACACCUUCGCCGUGGAGGCGCUGGACAGCGCGGGGAGCAUGCCUCCGGGCGUGGCCUCCGUCACCGUCGUCAUCACGGACGUCAACGACUUUGCUCCGGUCUUCGGCCGGCCCAAGUACCGCGGCUCGGUGGCCCCCGACGCCGUCAAGGGGACCCUGGUGGCCACGGUGACGGCCGACGACUCCGACCCCCCGGGAACGGCGGCCGGCCUGGUGCGCUACAGAGUGGAGCGGGGGGCCGAUCGCUACGCGGCCAGCCUGUUUGAGGUGGAGGAGCACACGGGCAACGUCGUCACCAGAGUCAACCUCAACGAGGAGCCCAACCUCAAAUUCACCCUGCUGGUGGUGGCCUACGACCACGGCGAGCCGGUGAAGGAGAGCACCGCGCUGGUGGACAUCACCGUCCUUCAGCCCUCCGUCAUUCCCAUCUUUACUCGAGAGCAAUACAGGUUUGCGCCCGUGAGCGAGGAAGCCGCGGUGGGAACCCCCGUGGGAGUCAUCCUGGCCGCCGCCGUCAAUCAAAGCAUCGUCUACUCCAUCGUGGAGGGCAACCGAGGAGGUGCGUUUGCGUUAAACAAUCAAACGGGCUUAAUCUGCACGGCCAAAGCGCUGGACUACGAGGCCAACUCCAGCUACGUUCUCAAGGUCCGAGCGGACUCCGCGAGGGUGGACUCCUCCGACCUCCGAGCCCCUGCCAAGAGUAACACGGCGGUAGUGGUGAUUGACGUGCGGGACGAGAACGACCACUGGCCGGUUUUCACCAGUCCUCUUUACAUCGGAGGAGUGGCGGAGGAUGCCAAAACGUUCACUUCCGUCUUGCAAGUGCAGGCCCUGGACCGAGACACGGGCAACUACAGCGCCGUCACGUACCGCCUCGUCGACGCCCCCUCGGCCGGGAAAGAUGGCUUCGUCAUGGAGGCGCUCAGCGGCGUGCUAAAGACGGCCAGGAUCUACCGCAACAUGCGACGGUCCUACUUCAGGUUGGGGGUGGUCGCCACGGACGACGGCGGGCGGGGGCACAGCGGCCAGGCGGAGAUUGUGGUGUCAGUGGUGAACCGAUUGGACAUGCAGGUGGUGGUGUCAAACGUCCCGCCCGCGUAUGUGGACCGAAACAAAGACAAAGUGCUCAGCGUUUUGGAGCACUACGUCGGGGAGCAGAUUCCCGGAGCUCGGGUUUUCGCCGAAGCCAUCGGUCCCCGUCGUCACGGCGACGGGCUGGAGCGCGAGGACUACACCAAAUCGGACCUCACCGUUUACGCCAUCGACCCGCUGACCAAUAGAGCCGUGUCCACGCAGGAGCUGCGCAAGUUUCUGGACGGAAAGCUCCUGGACAUCAACAAAGCCUUCCAGGCCUUCAUGCCCCCGGGGGGGCGCCUUCUGGAGGUCCGAACGCCGGAAGCGGCGAGCGGCGCCAAGAAGGCCGCGCGGACCGUGGGCUACACGGAGGGGGCGCUGUUGGCCAUGGCCGUCAUCAUCAUCGUCUGCUGCGUGCCCGCCAUCCUCAUCGUGAUCGUCAGCUACAGGCAGCGGCAAGAAGAGUGCGCCAAGAGCGCCCGCCUGCAGGUGGCACUGCCGAGCGGCAAACCCGGAGGGGGCGGCGCCGACAACUUGUACGAAGAGCUGGGCGACGACGCCACCGCGGGAAGCUCGGACGAAAGCGAUCGGCGACGACUCAUCUCCGAUUUCGCCACCCGAGCCAUCGCGGCCCAUCGGCAGUGCGUGGCCAACGGCGGCGUGCGCAACAAACUGCCCAAGUCCGAGUCCAGCGUCACCUUCCUGUCCGACGAAAACCCCCUGACCAUCCCAAAUCCCAUCUACCGCGAGGACGGAACCUCCAGCAGCCCGGAGACUUUUGGGCGCUUCUCCCCUUCCGGGAGGGGUCUUCGGGAGGCCCGGUUGAGGAUCGGCUCCCCCGGAGGAGGCGGGGGAUCCGGCGGGCGCAGCGGCAGCGGCAGCGACAGCGGCAGGGGCUCCUGGGGCGGCCACAGCUGGACCCUCCCCAGCAGGCUACGUCGCGGGGAGCCGUACGAGGCCUCCAGGAGGCAAGUGGUGAUGGAUCCCGUGCAGUGGCAACUGGAGCUCCUGAAGGCCCGAUUCCGAGAGAGCAAAGACGGCGACUCGCGGAUGGCCAGCCUGGGCCUCGGAGCCAAGCUGACGGUCAAGCAGCAGGCCCGCCACUUUGAGGAAAUGAGGCAAAAGCUCAUUUCUGCGGCACCCGACGGCGUUUGCGGCGUCCGGCCGAGCAUCGUCAUCACCCCGACGGACGGCGGCACGCCUCCGCCGAGCCGCGAGCCCACCCCGCCGACGUCGCGCGGCUUUGGGGCCGCACUUCAGGUGGAUUGGGACGCCAUCCCCGAUCCCCCUUGCACUCCGCCGCCGCCACCGCCUCCCCCGUCUGCGCCCGCGCCUCCCCCUCCUCCUCCCCCACUUGCUGUCCACUCAUCUCCCUCUCCGCCUCCUCUUCCUUCAAUGCCAUCUCCCCCCGGCGGCCGCCCUUUGCCCCCGCCUCCCCCUCCCCUCCCUCCUCCCCUGUCGCCCUCACGCGCGAGAUCUUCCCCCUUUGUGCUCCCUCCGUUCUCGGAGGCGGCCGCCCUGCGCCCCGCGUCCCUCCGGCCCCCGCCCCCACCGCCCCCGCCGCCGGAGCCCCCCCGCAGGGAGCUGAAAGGCAUCUUAAAAAACAUCCAGAAUAUCGCCGACAUCGAGAAGUCGGUGGCCAACAUGUUCAGCCAGAUCGAUCGGAAGCAGGUGCCGCUCAUAAAGGUCACAAAGAAGCGCGCGUCUAGCGACGCCGCGGACUCGACCGCGGACUCGGCCGACUCCUCGGACGCGUCGGCCGAAGGAGGAGCGGCGGAGGGACAAGGAGGAGGAGAAGUCAAGCCCCCGCCUCAGCAGAUGCAGCCCAAGCCAAACAUGAGCUCAACGGUGGUUGAGUUUGACAAAGCAUUCUGCCCUCAGUCCACGGUCCUCUAGCCUUCAGCCCUUGGACACGCCCACGGCCACGCCC